UAGUAGGCAGGUCUAAUUCCUUGGAGGAGACUCAGGUGAAACUACUACUACUAUAGAGGCAGCGAGGCUAUUAAGAAGCUCCAUUGACUCAUCAUGAAUGACAGAAGUAGUAUGAUGCCGAGUGAGAAGCUGGCGAGCGUUGGACCAGCGAGCGGAGAUGCGACUUGCUGCGUGAAACAUCGAACGGAUACCAACCGUGGACCAGAGCUGAGUAGACGUCAUGCGAAGCAGUAAUCAUCGAAGAGACGUGUUGAAUACCGGGCCGUUUGGGGCUCACGUAGUGCUUCGUGCUCUGACAGCAUGAACCCAGGCGAAGAUGAGAACCGUAAAUAAAAGGCGAGGGUCCAUGAACUUCGAAUAAUCCAGCAACUACUAGUACGUCCCUCUCAGCCGGGACUCCAGCAGCGAUGCCUUUCCAUCGAUUCUACAUUCCCAAGGGUCUCUACUCGGAUGCCGAGAAGGCGGCACUUGCUCAGGAUAUUACCGCACUCUACGUCGGGCCCCCGGCAUCACUUCCCGCGUUUUACGUCGUCGUUUCUUUCAUCGAGCUCGAACAUGGCAACUUCUUUGUCGCGGGAGAGGCUAAGCGUGCCGAUAACAUGGUCCACAUCCAAGUGGAGCACCUCGCACGCACAUUCCCCGAUGGAGAUGACGGAUUUAAGCGUAAACGCGAUUUCAUGGCAAGAUAUGAGGAAAAGCUGAAGCCAUAUACCGCGGGGCGCGGUGUCGACUGGGAGAUCGUGGUCGCAGAUGCCGAUCCUCAGCUGUGGAACAUCAACGGCAUGGCUCCUCCUUCCGCCCGAAGCGAGGCAGAGACCCUCUGGAAGAAGGAAAACAAGGCAAUCCCGUACGAGAACAGCUGAGUGCGAGAGAUAGAUCACCAAUUAUCUUAUAACGGAAAUUUUGAAUGUAACUUUUCUUGGACCAGAUUGUAUCCUUCUA